AUGAUUAAUAAUUAAUUUGAACCAGACAUCAUCUAAAUCACAGAGCAAUUAAGCAAACGUCUUAAUGAUAAAAAGAAAUCUAUUUAAGAGUUUCUAAAUAUCUUAUAAUAGAGAGCUGAAAUAGAAGAAGUCUAUUCUAAAAGUCUUGAAAGAAUAGGUAAAUUUAUAAAUAAACAAUAGGUAAUGAAUUAAGUAACUUGGUUGAGAAUACAUAGUAAGAUAGCUUUACAGAUAUUAUGUAGUAUGUUAGAAAUUAUCUCCUAAUUUCAAGUGAAUAGAGUAAAGAGUUGUAUUAAUAAUUAAAAAAUAAUGUUGUCUAAGAAUUGCUGAAUACUAUUAACAUUGAUUAAGGAUGGGCUAAUGAGGUUAAUAAAAUACAAAAUAAGCAUUCAAAAGAAGUUAGAAGAAAUAUUGAAGAAUUACAUGCCUUAUAAGAUGAUUAUAAUUAAGCAUUAUAUGAAGAAAAAAUUUAUUUAGAAGGAAAGAUUACUUCUAAGAAACGGAAUUAUGAAAAAAGUGAAACAAAUUUAAAAUAAUUUAUUCUCUAUUAUAACUAAUAUUUAGACACGUAUUUUUAAGAUAUUGCUUAUAUUUAAGAUAUAUUUCUAAAUAUAGAAAUAGACAGAAGAAAAUUAAUUUAGGAUGCUGGCAUGAAACUUUUUAUGUAUGAAGUAUCAUUAAUAAGAAAUUUAUAAUAUGAUAUUAGUGGAAUUACAUAAAAAAUUGAAUAAUAUAAAAGUAAUAAUAAAUAAAGUGAACUACUAAUAAUUUAAACAAGUGAUAGACCCCUUCUUUCUAAAUUAAAUGUUGAAAAUUAUAUUCUUUCAUUAAAAUAAUAAUAUAAUUUAGAUGAAAAUUAACGAAAAAAAAAGAUGAUUGCAGAUGCUCAAAAUGGAUCUGAUUAAAAAAAGGUUGAUUUUAUUUAAGCUAAUUCAUCAGAUUAUUUAAGAUAUAACAAGAUGUUUGAAUAAGCAUUAAAAUUUUCAGAGAUUAAUGAUGAGAUUAUUAAAUAGUUAAUAAAUUUAAUUUAGAAAACCAAAGCUUAAUAAUAUUUUGAUGCAUUUAUUUCUACAAUUUAAAAAAUAACAGGUCAACCAAAUUAAAAAAAUGAUUAUUCUUUUACUCCUUUAGGAUAUUAAACAUGCUUGAAAUUAUCUGAAAUUUUAUUAGAUUAUUGUAAUGCAUAGAAUACGAAUGCAUAAAUAGUGAUAAAUUUGCUUAAGUUUUCAAAGAAUAUUUACAAAAUGUUGAGUGUUCAAGAUCAAGAAAAUAAUGAGAUAUAGGAAUACAUAAAAUUUUCUUUAUUUGGUAAUUAUGAAGUUCAUUACAGAGGGUUUAAAGAAUCAUGAAGUUUUGUAGAAUAAGAAUUUAUGGAAUGAAUACGUGAGAUCCAAAGAAUAGAUUGAUGAACUAACAGAGAUAAAUUGUAUGGAAAAUUUGAUAUAAUAGUUGAAAACAAAAGUAAACUAUUGACAAAC